AGCGCGCGGGGCCAGCUCUGCAGAAGGCGGCGGCUGGCUGGCUGGCCGGGACGGUCACAUCCCGCUGCAGGGGCCGGCGGAGGGAGCCGCACUGCCCUCCGCACCGGGGACCCAGGCAAGCGGCCAGGCCGCGCCGGCAACGCCCCCAGCUCUGGGACAGACCGCGCGACCCGCGCGGACUCUGGGGUCCGCAGACCGGCAGCCGUGCCUACUCCGCCACUGUCCUCUGCCGGCAACUCGGCCUCGCGCUGCCGGCCUCGCAGGGCCAGUGCCGGAAUGGGGUAGGGGCAACGCCAGAAUCGGAGGAUGGGCCGCCCCCUGGGCACCGAGCAGCCCCCGGAGGCCUGACCCAUCGCGAGGACCGGCGGAGGAGCCCCGCCUGGAUGUUAAGCGGAUGCUCCAGUGCCCCCUCAACAGACUAUGGGGACCAUGGCUUCGCUGAUGCCUCUCUCCCCAUAUCUAAGCCCCACGGUCCUCCUGCUGGUCAGCUGUGACCUGGGCUUUGUGCGAGCAGACCGACCUCCCUCUCCUGUGAAUGUGACGGUCACUCACCUCAGAGCCAACUCGGCCACUGUGUCCUGGGACGUCCCGGAAGGCAACAUCGUCAUUGGCUACUCCAUUUCCCAGCAACGGCAGAAUGGCCCUGGGCAGCGUGUGAUCCGGGAGGUGAACACCACCACUAGGGCCUGUGCCCUUUGGGGCCUGGCUGAAGACAGCGACUACACAGUGCAGGUCAGGAGCAUUGGCCUUCGGGGAGAGAGCCCCCCAGGGCCCCGGGUGCACUUCCGAACUCUCAAGGGUUCUGACCGACUGCCCUCCAACAGCUCCAGCCCAGGUGACAUCACAGUGGAGGGGCUGGAUGGAGAGCGACCACUGCAGACAGGUGAAGUGGUCAUCAUCGUGGUGGUGUUGCUCAUGUGGGCCGCUGUAAUCGGGCUGUUCUGCCGUCAGUAUGACAUCAUCAAGGACAAUGACUCCAACAACAACCCCAAGGAGAAGGGGAAGGGGCCAGAACAGAGUCCUCAGGGAAGGCCAGUGGGAACAAGACAGAAAAAAUCAUCAUCCAUCAACACCAUUGACGUUUGAGUGAAGAUGUGUGAGUGAAGAUACAGAACUAGAAGAAAGAUGCAGUAACAACCUGGGGAUGGGGAUGGGGUGAGGUCAGGGAGAGCAUAUAAAGGUGAUCUAACCAAGACUCUAGAGGGUAACACACUCCCAUGAUCUCAAGCUGGUGCCUAUCCUCUUUCCACCGUGAGCAGGGACAGAAGGUAGGUCGGUUAGAGUCUGCACCUCCGGACCUAGAGAGCGGAUAUCAGAUGAAGCAUCUCCCAUACCCCAGGCCCAGGGAGAGUCAUUUAUUCAAUCCUUUCCCAUUAGGUCCCAAAUAGGGGCCCCAUUUCACCUGCAUCAGGACUCUUGGCAUCCCCAGCUGCUCUCACAUCUUGCCUCUGGGCCUUAGAGAGGGGUGUUUCUGUGGGUACUAGCCCUCCCCCAACCAAUAACAGGAAUUGCCUGGGACUAGAGGCAGAUGCUGCACUGCACUACUCCAAUGUCUUCCAUGGAGCCUCUGGUGCUCCCUCCUCACCUGGCAGCCCCUCCAGCUGCUGGUGACCUCACUCCUUUGACAUUUUUCCAAUAAAGGUUCUUGAACAAACUGGA